AUGGGAUCUGUGGUCCCCCGAGCACUCUCCUGGAAUGCUGGGAAAUGUAGUCUCUUUCGCAUCGCCCAGUGCAACCUGCUGUCAUCCCAGAACCUUAGUUGCCAGUCGGCGAGGCGGGCUUUCCAUUGGCUUCGGGGCGGGCACUCCGAGGCUAGGGGGAAGGAGAAGAGAUCAGGAGCGGGAGCUGAGGGGAGGGAGAGGCCGGUCCGGGUCUGGCUGCUACCGCUGCUCGCCCGAGGUCUCCAGGCCGGGCUGCGGCUCUGUCCUCGGCUCCUGGGCACCGUCUGCGAGGCUCCGCCGGGCCAGCGUGGGAGAGCCGCGGGCGGCGGCCGCCGCAUCAUGUCAGCCAAGGACGAGCGGGCCAGGGAGAUCCUGAGGGGCUUCAAACUAAAUUGGAUGAACCUCCGGGAUGCUGAGACAGGGAAGAUACUAUGGCAAGGAACAGAAGACCUGUCAGUCCCCGGUGUGGAGCAUGAAGCCCGUGUUCCCAAGAAAAUCCUCAAGUGCAAGGCAGUGUCUCGAGAAUUGAACUUCUCUUCAGCAGAGCAAAUGGAAAAAUUCCGCCUGGAGCAAAAAGUUUACUUCAAAGGGCAAUGCCUAGAAGAAUGGUUCUUCGAGUUUGGCUUUGUGAUCCCUAACUCCACAAACACCUGGCAGUCCCUGAUAGAGGCAGCACCUGAGUCCCAGAUGAUGCCUGCCAGCGUGCUAACUGGGAAUGUUAUCAUAGAGACAAAGUUUUUUGACGACGAUCUUCUUGUAAGCACAUCCAGAGUGAGACUUUUCUACGUUUGAGAGAAGAAUGUGUGUGCAUUUCAAGAAUUUGGGGUUUGGGGGGGAAAGGAGGAAACGGUUUACUUUUUCCCUCCACACAUUUGGUUUUUGACACUUUCACCCCUAAUUCCCUCUAUGGCAAAACCCACCUGCAGCCACCAGGGGACCGGUUCUGUGUAGGUAACCAGAUGGCUGUUUCCUCCCAAGCUGCCAUCUUCCACUGACCAGACUAAACUCCCAACCCCAGGCCGGGGUAGAAGGCGAGCCUUGAGUCCUUCCCACGGUGACACAGGGACAAACGCUGACCGCGAGAGUGGAUGCUCUUCCCACCCCCUCCCUGCCUCCUCCUUGGGCCCUGCAGGCAACACAUCUUCCUUUGGCCCCUGGUUUUGGAAAAAUUCAUAUUCCUGACUUAGGGUUAGUUUUUUUCCUACCAUUUCUAUUUCAUACAUUCUCAUACAUCUAACUUGUAAAAUAGACUGAUAUUAUUAUUACAUAAUGAAUUAAAACAUAUGAAUUAAAAUAUUCCUACAGUCUUUAGCAUG